AUGAGGUUUUUAUUACUUGCAAUAUUCCUAGUUUUAGAUGUUAAUAGCUUUCCGAAAAAGAAGACGCAAGUUUAUAUGGCCACGAUUGAUCUGGACACUGACCGGAAACGCCACGUGGAUCCCGAAGUGGUACCAGAUAUUGAAUCUCAACUUAAGCCAAUUGCCAAAAAUGUUACAAAACCCCCUGAUUACGGUGACUAUGAGGACUAUGAAUUGACAGCAAAGCCAGAAGAAGUAGUACCAACUACAGUAACCCCUAAAGUGGUAAAGGAGCAUAGUCUCCUAGAUUCGCAAUACAAACCACAUGUCAAGAUCUCAAUGAAUAAUCAAAAAUCGAGCGCGGAGAUCCGUGACGAAGUAUCCCGCCUAAUGGGUGACCUACAUCGAGAAGAGCUAACGCUACGAACUACAGUAACCCGUGACGAUAUGACAUCUCCAUCCCCAGUUGAUAUGAUGCUCUUGGGAAAUGAGACAAUGUUUUUCAACGAUGAAGAAGGAUCUGGAGUAAUGGCGGAGGAUCAGAUGGCAAGUGCCACGUCAUCAACAACCAGAAGACCUCUUCUAUUCACUACGCUGAUUCAGGAGGUGAAAAAUGUGUCGGUUACAGCUCGUCCUGAUCCAUUCGAACAUUUAGAUUAUGACCUUUCGGAUCAUAGUAAUCUGAAAAAGCCUACGAGAGACAAUCCUUCAAAUGUUAGAACUGUAGAGAAAAUGAAACAAGUGAAGCUCCACGGCGGUUCUGUCGAUACCGAUCAACCACUAAACCGAGUGAUUCCAAGACCACUCAGCCACAAAAAAACCGGGAAUCCAAUUCAUUCUCUUCUUGUGACACCGCAAAGAGUCAAACCCAAAAGAGUCUACCCAGUUCUCAAGAAAUCUGAAAAUCGCAAGAAAAAUCUCCGAAAAAUGAAGAAAAUCGAGAGAUCGCGUCGUUUGAAAAAUCUGAAUCAUCGUGUGAGAGCUCAAAAUCGCAUGCGUCUUCGGAAAGUUCUAUCAAAGAUGUUGUUCGGUCCAAGGGAUUCAGAUGUGACGUCUUCUAAAAAGAUUCCAGCCAAUUUGACAAAGAAUCAGAGCCCAAGGAUUCCGAAUUCUCCGAGAGAAUCAACGAAGCUAAAGUUUGUGGGAUCUAAUAGAAUUGUGACACCUCAAAGGAAGCAGAAUCAGAAUUUCAAUAGGAAACUCAAAAAACCACAAAUCGAAUUUCACCAGAAUCGAGACAAAAGAGACGUUACUCGACAACUACAGUACGUCAGCGAGGGAGCCGGUGGAUCUUGGGAUACUGUAGAUACAGUACCCAUUGAGAAAAGUGUCAUUGAAUCAAUUCCAAUUGAUCCUCAUCCGUAUUACCAUCUGAAGACAGAUGGAAGAACUCAAGUGGAGCCCAGUCUUUUGAUAAAAGAAGAUUCGAUUGAAGAAGAAGAAGAAGAAGAUGGCGUGGAUUCUGAAACCACCAACGUCAUCAAAGUCGCAGAUUCGCUUCCAAUGAAAACGAGACUUAUCCAAGUGAAUCUACCGAAACGACUGAAAAUGGUGACAUUGAAAUCCGUGAAAAAAGUGAGUAAGAAGAGCCAGGAGAAAAAUGCCAGUGGGGUGGCACUGGUGGCUCCAACGGCAAACAAACCAACAAUGCUCGAACUUCUAAUCGGCGAUUUCCUACAACGAAUGCCUCCAAUCGCUCGGAAUCCCCGUUUGAUCGAUGAGCAGUGGUUAUAG